GGGGAGCAGUUGGAUAAAGGGGCGCCCUCGCUGCAGGGGGGAGCAGUUGGAUAAAGGGGCGCCCUCGCUGCAGGGGAGCAGUUGGAUAAACGGGCGCCCUCACUGCAGCAGAGCACCAUCUCGCGGCCCGGGGCACAGCCCUAUUUAACCCGUGAAGGUCAUUCCGAGCUCUCUGAUGUGAGCCUAGGUUCCCUCUGCCCCGCACUGAUACUACUACCUUGUACAAGCCGCCAAAUGGCUGUUUCCACAUCUGUUUUUAAAAAGUUGUUAGACCUGCCUCACAGGAUUUUCAAGGCUGACCUUUAGGAAGCAGGUCGCCAGGCCUGAGGCACCUCUGGGUUGGUUAAUGCUGCCUGCCAACCUUUCUGCUCGUAACCAAGCACUUAACCGUUCAUACCACCCGGUAAACCCGUUCCGCUGAAGUCGAUUCCCACUCAUAGCCACCCUAUAGGACAGAGUAGAACUGUCCCCUAGGGCUUCCAAGAAGCAGCUGGUGGAUUCCAACUGCUUGACCUUUUGAUUAGCAGCCGAGCUGUUAACCACUGUGCCACCAGAGUUCUGUGCCACCCUAUAUAAUUCACUAAAUGUUAUUUUUAGGAUUAAAUGAAAUGGUGGACACGAAAGCACUUCUCACAUUGCAAAGUUUCUAACUAUUAUUACUGCAGUACCGUUAGUAUUGAGUAAUGCUGUUCUCCUGUGUAAACAUCCCUGGGAGUUUCUUAUUUUUUUUUGUCUAAGUCUGACCCCAAGAAGACAUGUAGGACUAUUGCAGUCCUUAGUGUUACCAUCUGCCACUCUUCUCUCCCUCCAGUAUCCCCUCAUCCCUUUAGUAAGCUCUGAUUCAUCCAACAGACAUCCACCACAUGCCCACCAUCUUGGGCUUUGUGCCAACCGCUGGUGUGCACUGGUGGUGUACAGAAGGCCCUCUCGGUGGCAGCAGUGGGAGUGGAAGAAGUGGGAUGACGUGAGAUGUUUUAGGAGGGCUGAAGAAGAUGCAGAGCAGCCUCAAGCUGGUAGACUGUAUCAUUGAGGUCCAUGAUGCCCGGAUCCCACUUUCUGGCCGCAAUCCUCUGUUUCAGGAAACCCUUGGCCUCAAGCCACACCUGCUUGUCCUCAAUAAAAUGGACUUGGCAGACCUCAGGGAGCAGAAGAAAAUUCUGCAGCACCUAGAAGGAGAAGGCAUGAAAAAUGUCAUUUUUACCAGCUGUGUGAAGGAUGAGAAUGUCAAGCAGAUCAUCCCGACAGUCACAGAAUUGAUUGGGAACAGCUACCGCUAUCACCGAGGAGAGAACCUGGAGUACUGCGUGAUGGUGAUCGGGAUCCCCAAUGUGGGCAAGUCCUCCCUCAUCAACUCCAUCAGGAGGCUGCACCUCAGGAAAGGAAAAGCCACCAGGGUGGGCGGCCAGCCUGGGGUCACCAGAACUGUGAUGUCCAGAAUUCAGGUGUGUGAGCGGCCCCUCGUGUUCCUGCUGGACACUCCUGGGGUGCUGGCCCCUCGGAUUGAGAGUGUGGAGAUGGGCCUGAAGCUGGCUCUGUGUGGAACGGUGUUGGACCACUUGGUGGGUGAGGAGACCAUUGCCGACUACCUCCUGUACACCCUCAACAGGCAGCAGCUCUUUGGGUACGUGCCACACUACAGUCUGGGUGGUGCCUGUGAUAGUGUCGAGAGUGUGCUGAAGAGAGUGGCUGUGAAGCUGGGCAAGACCCAGAAGGUGAAGGUGCUCACAGGCACUGGGAAUGUGAAUGUCGUGCAGCCCAACUAUUCCGCAGCAGCCAGCGACUUCCUCCGUGCCUUCCGCAGUGGACUGCUGGGCCCUGUGAUGCUGGACCAAGACGUCCUGGCCCCCUGCAUGGACACAGACCCCUGACGGUCAGCGUGGCCCUGCUGGCCUGGGCUCACGUGUCUGGCUCAGAUAUGAGGCAUGUGGUGGCCUGGGGCCUCCUGGCUGGUGGUUCUGCUGGGGGCUGAUUAUUGUGUCACUGAGGCCCCUGCUCAGUGAAGGACACAUGGUCUGCCCUGCCCAACUUUACCCUGCUCCCGGUCACAGUGACAGCUGGGGGGCCUGGACUUCAGGGACCCCAGGGGGGACAGUGACCUCUCUGAGCCAUCUUGUGAGCCUGGCUGGGGUGGGGCUUGGUCCUUGGGGACCUUGGGGACAGUGUGGCCAGGGUGGGGCCUGAACCUCAGGGACCUUGUGGACUUUGGGGGAAGUGGUCUCGCUGAGCUGUGCUGUGAGCCUAGCUGGGGUGGGGCUGGUCCUUGGGGACAGUGGCCAAGCCGAGUGUGGAGGCUCAGGCACAGUGUCUCUUAAAGGCUUUGUUGUCUGGAACAAAUUAAAGCUGAUUAAAAAGGCUGUUCUCUCUGCUGACCCACACACAGGACACCCCCAGGGCCGUGGGCCCACCCACAAAGCCCCUCGUACACAUCGAGCUCUGGGACAUGAACAGGCCAGUGACUGAGGGCUCUUGUCUCAGAUGCUUAGUCCAGAGUCCGAGGGUCCCACAGUUCAAGAGUCACAUCCCCAGCUGAGUGAUUUAUUUCCACAGCACUAUUAAAUGCGCACAC